UAUGGGCAAUUCACCACAAGAAAUUGAUCUGCGUUGUGCACAUAACAAUUUAGUAAAGAGGUCUAUUGUAGAACAAUUACAAACUUUAUUUCAUCAGCACAAUCAAUUGAUUAUAUUGUUUAAAACUGCCCUGGAUCUGAUGCCAUCCGAUAAUCACAAAAUUGUAAUCAGAGCUGAUAAAACACCUGCAGGUCAACAUACAAGACGUUUUAAUGCACCAACUAUUGAUGAAGUUGCUAUCGUUGUAGUUGGAGAAAACUUGGAAUCCCGUGAUAUUGUUUUACGUCGUCGGAAUGAUCAAUUACAACGUAUAAAGGAAACACACCGCUCAUAUGAUGCACUGCAAUAUCCCAUUAUAUUUUGGCAAGGUGAAGAUGGCUACGAUUUCUCAAUAAAAAUGAUAAAUCCCAUUGCAGGUUCUGAAACCAACAAAAAAGUCAGUUCAAUGAACUAUUAUUCAUACCGCCUAAUGAUUCGGGAAAAUGAAGAUAAUCACAUAUUGAAAUGUCGGCGAUUAUAUCACAAAUAUGUUGUUGACAUGUAUGUUAAAAUUGAAACGGAAAGAUUAACAUUCAUCAGGUUGAAUCAAACCAAACUCCGAUCUGAAGAGUAUAUUCACCUUCGAGAUGCGAUUAAUACUGAUGGAAAUGCACAGAAUGUCGGUCGGAUGACUAUUCUUCCAGCAACAUACAUCGGAAGCCCUCGGCAUAUGCACGAAUAUGCUCAAGAUGCCAUGUCGUAUGUUCGUCAUUAUGGUACAGCAGAUUUGUUCAUCACAUUUACAUGCAAUCCGCAAUGGAUAGAAAUCAAUCAGGAGUUAUUCUCUGGGCAAUCACCCAUUGAUCGUCAUGAUAUUACAGCCAGAGUCUUUAGACAAAAGUUGAAAUCUUUAAUGGAUUUCAUCGUAAAACAUAAUGUGUUUGGUGAGACACGCUGCUGGAUGUAUUCUGUGGAGUGGCAGAAACGAGGAUUGCCACAUGCACACAUUUUGAUUUGGUUGGUUGAAAAUAUAAGGCCAAAUGAAGUUGAUGCAGUGAUAUCAGCUGAAAUCCCUAAUGUACAAGUAGAUCCUGGAUUGCAUGAGGUAGUUAUCAAAAACAUGAUACAUGGUCCCUGUGGAACUCUUAAUCAAAAUUCACCGUGUAUGAUGGAUGGUAAAUGUUCAAAACGAUAUCCACGGACAUUAAUAUCGGAAACAAUUACUGGUAAUGACGGUUAUCCAUUGUAUCGUCGCAGAUCGACAGCAGACAAUGGAAAAUCAACAAUUGUCAAAUUAAAUCAACAAGAUAUUGAAAUAGAUAAUCGUUGGAUUGUUCCAUAUUCACCCAUUUUAUCAAAGACAUUCAAAGCACACAUCAACGUUGAAUCUUGCCAUUCAGUGAAAUCUAUUAAAUACAUUUGCAAAUAUGUAGCCAAAGGGAGUGAUAUGGCUGUGAUUGGAAUUGGUGCAGAGAAUUCCAAUGAUGAAGUUACCCAAUACCAAAUGGGCCGCUAUGUCAGUAGUAAUGAAGCAGUUUGGCGAAUAUUUUCUUUUCCUAUUCAUGAGAGACACCCUUCUGUUGUUCACUUAGCUGUGCAUUUAGAAAAUGGACAAAGAGUGUAUUUUACAGCACAGAACGCAGUACAAAGAGCUGCUCAGCCACCAUCUACUACAUUAACCAGUUUUUUUGAGACAUGCCAAAACGAUGAUUUCGCACAAACAUUGCUAUAUUCUGAAAUGCCAAAAUAUUAUACCUGGAAUCAAUCCUCAAGGAGAUUUAUACGACGGAAACAAGGAAAACCAGUUCCAGGAUAUACAGAUGUAUAUUCCACCGAUGCGAUUGGCCGGAUUUAUUCAGUACAUCCAAGCAAUGAUGAAUGUUUUUACUUACGACUGCUAUUAGUCAAUGUACGUGGCCCAACAUCAUUCCAACAGUUACGAACUGUUGAUGGUGAAUUGUGUGUAUCCUACAGAGAAGCCUGUCAACGUUUGCAAUUGCUUGAAAAUGACGCUCAUUGGGAUCAAACUCUCAAUGAUGCUGUAAUAUCAUCACACGCUCAUCAAAUACGAACAUUGUUUUCUAUAAUCAUAUCUACAUGCUUCCCAUCAAGCCCAAUUGAUUUGUGGAUCAAGUACAAAGAUUAUAUGUGUGAUGAUAUUUUGUAUCAAAUACAGAAUAGAAUGGGAAAUCCAAAUAUACAAAUCAGUGAAGAAAUUUACAAUGAAGCAUUGAUUUCAAUUGAGGACAUGUGCUUGAUAAUGUCAAACAAACUAUUAAUUCAAUUAGGCCUGACCGCGCCCAAUCGUCCAAUGCAUGACGCUUUUAACCAAGAGUUGCAUCGAGAAAGACUGUAUGAUCUCAACGAUUUGAAAGAAUUAAUUCAAACAAAUCUUCCACUGUUAAAUGAACAACAGAAGUAUGUAUUUGAAACUCUUAUGAAAGUAACAAAUGAUGAAACUGGAGGGAUUUACUUCUUAGAUGCACCUGGUGGUACAGGAAAAACUUUUUUGAUUUCAUUAAUAUUAGCAACAAUUCGCUCACAAAAUAAAAUUGCACUUGCACUCGCUUCGUCGGGAAUCGCAGCAACUUUGCUUGAAGGUGGUCGAACAGCCCAUUCAGCACUAAAAUUGCCAUUAAAUAUGCAUAGCAAUGAAACUCCAACCUGCAACGUUUCGAAGAACUCUGCAAUGGCAAAGGUUUUGCAGCAAUGUAAAUUGAUUGUUUGGGAUGAAUGCACGAUGGCACAUAAAAAAUCUUUGGAGGCUUUGGACAGAACCUUAAAAGAUCUACGGAGCAAUAAUAACCGAUUUGGUGGUGCAAUGAUUUUAUUAGCAGGAGAUUUUCGUCAAACAUUGCCGGUGAUUCCACGAUCAACGCCAGCUGAUGAACUCAAUGCAUGUCUAAAGUCCUCCAGUUUGUGGAAACAUGUCAAAGUACUUCAUUUAAGCAAGAAUAUGCGUGUCGAGUUGCAAAAUGACCAAUCUGGAAACAUAUUCUCUAAACAACUCAUUGACAUUGGUAAUGGCAAAUUUCCUAUAGACAUGUUGACUGGCUGCAUUAACUUUCCUCUAAGUUUUUGUCAGUUAACUCGAUCAAAAGAUGAACUUAUUCAGAAGGUGUUUCCAGAUGUUUCUCAAAAUUACAGAAACCAUGAUUGGUUGAGCGAACGAGCUAUACUGGCUGCAAAAAACAUAGAUGUAAAUGAAUUAAAUUUCAAAAUUCAAGAACAAAUUACAGGCGAAUUGAUGAUAUAUAAAUCAGUUGAUUCGGCUACUAAUCAAGAUGAUGUAGUCAACUAUCCACCGGAAUUUUUAAACUCGCUGGAUUUGCCAGGAUUGCCACCUCACAAUCUUCAAUUAAAGGUUGGAUCGGUGGUUAUAAUAUUGCGAAAUAUCAACCAACCGCGUCUUUGCAACGGUACACGGUUAGCGAUAAAAAAAUUACUAAACAAUGUGAUAGAAGCAACUAUACUCAAAGGAAAGUAUAAAGGAGAAGAUGUUCUCAUACCGCGCAUCCCAAUGAUUCCGACUGAUGUGCCAUUUGAGUUUAAACGACUACAGUUUCCAGUGCGUCUUGCUUUUGCUAUGACUAUAAACAAGUCCCAGGGGCAAUCAUUAAGUGUUUGUGGUAUUAAUCUAGAAAACCCAUGUUUCUCACAUGGUCAAUUGUAUGUUGCCUGUUCCCGUGUUGGAAAACCAUCAGAUUUGUUUAUCUAUGCGCCAGGUAAUCAAACAAGAAACAUCGUAUACCACAAAGUACUACAAUGA